AUGCCAGAGUGUUACAACUAUGUAACCUGAUCGUCGUGCUUUAUUUUGAAGGUUUGAAAGCGGAAGUGUAGUAUUUUGUUCGCUGAAUAGUAAUUUAGCUCCGUGCGUGUGAGAAAGGCGAUAAAAGAGGGUAGCCUAUAGCGAAGUGCUGCUGGGUUGGAAGAAGGGUACGAGGUACUUUUUUUGUUGUUAUUAUUAUUAUUAUUAUUGUUCGUACACUCGGCCCAUUGACGCCUCCUUAUCCUGGCGAAAGGUUGAACGGUUAAAAUGGAGGCGGAUAGAUCCGGCGGAGGACCAAACCCGAACUCCGGAGGCGGCAGCAGCGGAGCGGGGCGCAACCCGAACGGGCCCAAAGCAGCACCGGGCCCGGCGACAUCAGCUGCGGCGACCGGGGUGAUGGCAGCAGCAGCAGCCGCCGCAGCAGCAGCAGCAGCCGCCGGGGCCAUGCCAGGAUCGUCGCAGGCUCGGGAGCUGCAGGACGGGGACUCGGGUAUGACGCUUCCUGGGAUCCUUCACUUCAUCCAGUACGAGUGGGGACGCUUCCAGGCCGAGAAAUACCGCUGGGAGGCGGAGAGAGACGAACUCAGGGCUCAGGUGGCAUUCCUACAGGGUGAGAGGAAAGGGCAGGAGAACAUGAAACAGGACCUGGUGAGGCGGAUCAAGAUGCUGGAGUACGCCCUCAAACAAGAGAGGGCCAAGCAUCAGAAACUGAAGACAGGAAAUGACCAGAGUCCCGGAGACAAGAAACCCGAGACAGAAGCAGACAAAGUUCCCAAUGGGCCGGCUGAGUCAGACUCUGAGCCAGCCAAUCAGAUGUCCUGGAAGGAGGGACGUCAGCUACUACGCAAAUAUCUUGAAGAAGUGGGUUACUCAGACACCAUCCUGGACAUGCGAUCUAAGCGCGUGCGCUCGUUGCUCGGGCGGAGCAGCCCCGAGGCCAACGGGCCUCCACCCAGUGAAACCUGUCCUGAGCCAGAGCCCCGGGCAGGUGGAGAGUCGUUGUUGGUCAGACAAAUAGAGGAACAAAUCAAAAGGAACGCGGGCAAGGAAAGCUCUAAGGAACGUCUGGGCGGCUCGGUGCUCGAUAAGAUCCCCUUCCUGCAUGGCUGUGAGGACGACGAUGAAGACGACAGUGACGAGGAGGACGACUUCCAAGGCAUGGCCACUGACUGCAUGGAUGGACCGCGAAAGAACAAGAAGUCUCGUGUAAAGAUGGGUUCGGAGCCCAUGACCACAGACCUGGACCCAGAGGACGAGGAGGACGAAGACGACUCGGAAGACGCCCUCAGUGAAUUUGACUUCCUGGGCUCGGGGGAGGAUGGGGAGGGGGCGGGAGAGGCCCGGAUCUCGGGGGACGGACGGGAGUUAGAGAACCGCAGGAACAAGUUACAAGGCAUGAUGUCGGACUUCCCCCCUAAACCCACCCCGCCUCCCUCUGUAUCAGGCCAGGCUCGCCCCGGGGAAGGUGGCGCCCUGGGUUUUUCCUCUGACGUCUUCAUUAUGGAUGCCGUUGGAGGAGGAGACAUGAACCUGGGUGAACUGGCUGAUCUCACCGUUGCCAAUGACAACGAUCUCUCCAUGGAUAUGCAAGAUAACAGAGAUGAGUUUAAGAAGACAUGGAACCCCCGUUUCACACUACGCAGCCACUUUGAUGCCAUCCGCGCAUUGACCUUUCACCCCAGUCAGGCGGUGCUGCUCACAGCCUCUGAGGACGGCACACUAAAACUGUGGAACCUCAACAAGUCCAUGCACUCUAAAAAGAACGCAGCGUUGGAUGUUGAGCCCAUCUACACAUUUAGAGCACACAGUGGAGCUGUUCUGUCGCUGACCAUGGGAGAGGACGGAGAAUCCUGCUACAGCGGGGGACUAGAUGGGACUGUCAGAUGUUGGAAGAUGCCAGACCUCAAUGUGGAUCCUUAUGAUAAUUAUGAUCCCGGCAUCGAGAGCAGUGUACUAGCCGGCCACGAGGACAGCGUGUGGGGUUUAACUUACUCGGCAGUUCUCCAUCGACUCGCCUCAUGCUCAGCCGAUGGCACCAUUCGCAUCUGGGACCCUCAGAACUCUGCCCCCUGCCUGUCUGUCUUCAAUAAGGAGAGAGAGCACGGAACACCCACCUCAGUAGCCUUUGUGGCCACUGACCCCAACCAGGUGGUGGUGUCAUUCGACGUGGGUGACACGCUGCUCUACGACCUCAACACGGAGCAGAGCAUCACCACGCUAGAGACACAGACCAAGGAUGGCAGUGAGCUGAUCAACCGUGUGGUCAGUCACCCAUCUGAGCCCAUCUCCAUCACUGCACAUGAGAACCGCACCAUCCGCUUCCUAGACAACAAGACAGGUAAAGUUGUCCACUCAAUGGUGGCUCACCUGGAUGCGGUCACCUGUCUCACUACAGACCCUAAAGGCACUUACCUCAUCUCUGGCAGCCACGACUGUUCGGUGCGCCUGUGGAUGCUGGACAACAGGACGUGCGUGCAGGAGAUCACAGCUCACAGGAAGAAGCACGACGAGGCCAUCCAUGACGUGGCCUUCCACUCUUCACAGCCCUUCAUCGCCAGCGCCGGCGCAGAUGCACUUGCCAAGAUAUUUGUCUGACAGCGCUGUCGUCAAGUCCUACAAAAACAACUGGGCCAAUAGAGAUGAAGACUACAGUGGACAAAUUUCACCUGCUUACACACACUAACACACGCACACACACACACUUGUCCUGCACCCCACUGGUUGGGUCAUCCCCACAGGACAUCACCUCCUCUCCACUCUCCACUCUUCUCUGAUGCCUCAGUGACUUCUUGUAAUACUAAUCACACUGCUUUUUUAUAAAACCCCCGCUGCUCCUUUUUCGAAUAAUCAUAUUUGGAGAAACACUUUUCUACACUACGAUAUUCUGUUCUGCUUUUUUUUCAUUCUAACAACACUUAUGACAAACCACCGUGUGCGUUUGCGCGUGUGUGUGUGUUUUUGUGUGCUUGAACUGCUGACACACUACUCACACGGAGAACCCACCAAGGAAACGCUCGCUCUGCACAGCACAUACGAUGCACCAAUGCAUGCAUUUCAGUUAAGAUCUUAAUUUAACACAUUGUUUGUGGCUAACAUACAUACGUAGACGAGACUGAUAACAGUUAUCUUUCCCAGUGUCGGCAGACAACAUCUGAACAACCUCUUCAUUGGGAAUCAAUGUAUUACAUUCCAAAGACUCCAGGUAGAGUGUGUGUGUGGUGUCGUAUUCAGGGUUGGAGAAUGUUAACUAAGUUGUGUGUGUGAUGUGAGGAACCAUCGGACAGUUGCUAGCCAGUGUUGAACAAAUAGCUUUAAUUUCAACUCAAUGGCCAAGUCUCAUUGUAUGUAUGAGUAUUAUAAUGUCCCCAUGGUUCCUGAGAUAAAAUGUCACUCUGCUGUACAAGAUGAAUGAACAUAUUUUCACAAUCAUGGUCCAUUUCCACAAAUGUACAGUUUGAACUCUGUAGACUGAUCCUCUUACGACACAUUAAACAGCUGAAGGUAGAUAUCGCGAGAGUGCAGUUAAAGUCAGUUGACCUGCAGAGGUAGCGAGGCCAGGCUAUAUGCUCUCAACAAAUGACACAGAUUGUGUCAUUUGGUGCUUUUUACUGUACAGAAGAGUGUGCGUGUGUUCGUAUAUGCACUAGUUAAAUCACGGUGCUAUGAGAGACCUUGUCAGUCUUGAGUCAGAAUCAGGGACCAGUUUUGUGUGUACGUGUGAGAGAGAGAGAGAGAGAGAGAGACUGUGUUUCUCACUCAUCGGGCUAUAAAGUGAGUCUGCUUUUUAAAUGACAUCUCAUUGGUUAAUCAUUUCAAUAGCUGUGGUCACAUUUCAGAAUGAACCAUUAACGUCUCAUUAGAUAGAUGUGAAUAGCGUUGCCAUUGAUCGUUUGAGGAAUGUACAGAGCUGAUGGGGAUUAUUUUACAGUGAGUACCACUUGGACUGAAAGCGUUUCCUCAGAUGAGAGCUGUUCAGAUUGUCUUUUUCAUUUCAUCUUGGAAGUCAGUGCCAGUUUGUAGACGUUGAUAGGUUCUGGCUUGUUGUUAUUUAUUCAGGCUUUCCAAAAAACAAAAGAAAAGAAAAAAGCUUGACAUUAACUACACUUGUAAUUUGAGGUGAGGUUCCCUUGCCUAUUUCUUUUUUUUUUUU